AUGUUUCAGCUGAAAUUUUUCAAACUUAAACAAUGCAUUGCAUUGACCUCUUGCCAGUGUCACAUCAAUUUUAGAUAUGUGAGAACUAUUUCUCGACGAGGAAUCGGACCGACAGUUGUGAAAGGUGAAGUAAAAACAAUUGAUGAUGGCACUGUAAAAUAUCGUAGAGAGCCGUCCACAUAUGACGAUUUUAUUAAAGAAUUUAAGAAAGAUGCCUCGACAGACGUCUUAGAUAUUGAAAAAGAUCUCGCAAUGGACUGUGAAUUCGGAAACGCACUUAUAAAAUCCCCAGAGUUUUAUGCGAUGCAUGAGAGUGAAGUUAAGCAGGAAAAAUCUAUGAUUAAAAAAGACAUUAUACAACGGAAAUACUUUAUGGAAAAAGAAACCAAUUUACUAACACAUGCAGCAAAAGAACAAAUUAGGUAUCUCCACAAAAUGAACCCCACUGAAUGGACCCCAGAGGUUAUAUCACAAAGUUUCCCUAUAUCAGUCAAAGGUGUAAAGAAACUGCUGAGAAGCAAUUUCAGCCCUAAGACACCAGAAAGAAUCAAGCAACAUGACGCAGAUGUUGCCAAAAAGUGGGAUAGUUUAAAAUCCGGUAAUCAUACUUCAUACAUAUCUCCUGUUACACAAAAACUUUGGAUGGAAGGUAAACUUGUGGAGGACAAUUACAGAGGGAACCCUCAUCUUCCAAGUAAGCUAAUCACAGAUGAUCAUAAGGUCAUUGAGAAAGCAGCCAUUCAUGAUGGAGAAUACUCGUCAAUUAUUAAAAAAUAUAUUGAAUACAAACAAAAGCCAAGCUCAAAUUAUAAAAUCAAUUCAGCAGAAAAACAAUUGUGCAAAAGUGAAAGAGAAUUCGAUCCGCUUAAAAAAUCUAAGGAAAGUAAGUAUUUCUCAAAAUUAAGAUAUGCGCCUGAGGAAAUGGAGGAUUUCAAAGUUCUGUCUUCACACAGAAACUUACAAAGUCAAGAUGAAAUAGAAUUACAGCAUGGUCAGUUUAAAGAAAAUCUUUUACAGGAAAAGCCCAGGAAACAGGACUCCCAAAUUAAUGAUGAAUACCAAAAAUGGGUAGAACAACAGUCAAAAGAAAUGGAACAUGCAAGUCCAAAAAUUCCUUACAAUAAGAAUACUUUUUCAAAAAUUCAGAAAUAUGAGACACAAAAUCAAACUCUUAAAAUGAACCAAUAUGACUAUCCUAAACGUAAUCCUAAAGAAAAAUUCAAAGGACAAGUUCACAUACCUAGAACGGUAAAUAAAAAAGGAUGCAUGUACAAAAAAGGAAAUUGUGUUUAUGAUGAUGAUGGUGAAAUAUUAUUCAAAUUGCCAUAUUAAUGUUCUUCAAAAUUAUUUUUAUGGUUUGUGUCUUUAUGAUGUAGUAUUGAAUAAAAAUCUUUG